AUGGACAUGGUUCUUACUGGUAAAAGUCCUAAUACUUUACCAGAACUAAAACCCUACCUUUCUAGGAAAAGUGAAUUGUCUGUGCAGGCAGGUUGCCUUCUUUGGGGUCGCUGUGUCAUCAUUCCACCACCACUGCAGAAACUUUUAAUCCAGCAGCUACAUGCAAGUCAUGUUGGUAUUGUCCGCAUGAAGGAGAUUGCAAGAAGUUAUUUUUGGUGGCCAGGAAUAGAUGGACAUAUUGAGGAGAGGGCCAAGACAUGUUCUUCUUGUCAGAAGAUUAGAAAUGCCCCACAGCUGGCACCGCUUCACCCAUGGGACUGGCCUGAAAGGGCUUGGCAGCGCAUCCAUGUGGAUUUUGCAGGUCCCUUUGAGGAAAAGAUGUUUCUGGUGGUUGUAGAUGCCUAUAGUAAGUGGCCAGAGGUUGCUGUUAUGCACUCAACAACUGCUGUUAAAACAAUGGAAAAGUUGGAGGAAUUAUUCUGUCGUUAUGGCUUCCCAGAGCAACUUGUGAGUGAUAACGGUCCUCAGUUUGUGUCACAGGAAUUUGCCACUUUCCUACAAGUCAACGGAAUUCGGCACAUUCGCUCUGCACCAUACCAUCCUUCUACAAAUGGUUUAGCAGAAAGGUUCGUUCAGACAAUGAAGCAUUCACUGAAGGCAUUGCAAAAUGAAGGCUCUCUUUAUACACGUUUGAACCAGUUCUUACUGUCUUAUCGGAAUUCUGAGCACAGCACAACUAAAGUUUCACCUGCUAUCCUAAUGAUGAAAAGACAACUUCAUACAAUUUUUGAUUUGCUAAAGCCACCAGAAACAAAACAAGUGUUACAUCAUCAUCAACAAAAGCAAAUUGAACAUCGAGACAAGAAAGCAAAAGACAGAGUCUUUCGUCCUGAUGACACUGUAUUGGCUCGAAAUUUUAAUAACCAAUCCAAAUGGGUUCCUGCCACCGUAAUCAGUCAGACUGGACCUGUUUCUUACACUGUCCGCACUGCUGAUGGUACUGUUUGGCGAAGACAUGUGGAUCAGUUGUUGCAGGCUUCACCAGCACCCACUGAGCCACCAGAUGUGGACUGUCCUGAAUUGAAUUAUGACGGUAGUGAAAAUCAAUGUCCUAUUACUGAGGAAGAAGUGCCACCUAUGGAAGUAUCAGAAACUCCAUCACCUCCUGUGAAUGAGGAUGAGUCAGCUAGAAAAUCUACAAAAUCUCCCUCAACUAUUUCACUUUCAAUAGACGCUCACAAUGAACGUCGUUAUUCUGCACGACAUAGACAACCUCCUAACCGUCUAAAUUUAUAA